GCGAAGCCGGGGGGGGGGGUUUGAGCGGCCCCCGUUUGUUGUCUCCGCACCGGCAUUUGCUGGCCCGCUCCCGCUCCCCAGAUUGCCCCAGGAUCCCUGCCGUCCUGAGUUUGGCUGGCGCAUCCACACUCACCACUGUCGCGGCUCAGUCUCCUGCGUAGCUUCAGCACGCCAAUGCUGGCUGACGUCGACCAGCCAAAGGCCCCGUCCGCGCUUCUCGGCCUUAGAGCCCACACCCAGAACACGCGAGCAUCUGGCAUCCACAUCUCGCCCGCACCGCGACUCUCUGUAUCCGCUGCCCCUGGAUCAUCACCAUGCACAGGUUCGAGAUCAGGCGCACUCUGUUUCCGCACUUGCCCCACUGCUGGCAAUCCGCUAUCGGUGCUUCGGUGUCAAUGCUUCAGGGUCCCAAAGCCGAACUAUCGCAGAUCGAAGGAAGUUCUGACCGGUUGUGGAGCUCUGUUCUGCCUGUUCCAUUUAUCCGAGCUGACUUCAGCACUAGUAUGUGCAUGCUUUUUUUUCUCACACGUCAAGUUGGACACAGAGUUCUUUGGGAGGUGCUUGCUGUCACUGAUGCUAUUUCGUUCGUCUUGUGAGGCGGGUGGUAUUGUCUUUCUUAACACGUAAAGAAACGCAUGCGCUUUUCCCAAGACUUCGGGCAUCCAGUUCGAUUUCUCUAGAGACUUUGGAUGCGGGGGUGCUGGUAGACUAGUACGCUCUGACCCCCCGGUUCUGUA